AUGAGGAAUAUAAUUACGAUUAGUCAGGUAGAAGUAUUUGAGAAGGGAUCGUUUAAAAUAAGUAUGUAUAAACCACUCGGUGUUGACUCUAUUCGAGUUGCAAAAGCGCAACAGAAGCGUUUAUAUUCAUUCAUUUUAUAUAGUUAUUCCAUUGAAUUCAUCACUUUGCCUAUGUUUGUUAACGCAUGCGCAAAUGUUUUCUGUAUAUCUGCUGGUUGCGAAAGCGAUUUUCUUGCUAGUUAUUUCAAAAUGAUACUUAAUUUAAUCAUUUACUACUUUUAUGAGGCUGAGAUUGUUGCGAUAGCCAGUAGCGAAUUCAACACAGAUCGCAGUCUUAAGGCAGCGAUUAUUGUUCACCCUGGCGAUGUGAACCAAGCAGCUUAA